GCACCUGCGUAUAUCGAUAUCGUUGUCGUGAGCAGAAUACAUGUCAGAUGGACCUGAUGUGUUGGCUACAACUCUUUCUCGCAUUUGCUGCGAGUAGCGUUACCUUGGCUCAAGAGAGCCAGGAGCCCUACCACCAGAUAUAUCCCCCAGUGAACGAUACGGAUGGCCGGACACCGCUGUAUUUUGCAGUAGUACUUUCUUUUGGUGGGAGCAGCUACAAGAGCGUCGGAGCACUGCCGGGAAUCCAGAUAGCACUGGACUACAUCAACAGUGAACCCUCCAUCCUCCCUGGAUACAGUCUUCACUACACCCUCACCGACUCCCAGUGUGACCGCUCCACGGCCAUCAGGUCCUACUUUACUCAGAUCACAAAUCCUCCUACUAAGGUAGGGUGGGUGGGGUCAGGCUGUUCCCCAGCCACAGAGCCCACUGCCGAGCUGACUCAAUACCACAAUAUUGCUCAGGUAUCCUGUGUAAGUUCCUCUCCAGACCUUCACAACCGACAGCGAUUCAGGUAUAUACUACUUUCAGCUACUCUCAACUGAAGCACCAACAGCCUAUGGGUUCUACUCGAUCAUUCAGUAUUUUGGUUGGAAAAGAGUCGGAAUCAUUACUCAAGGAGAAAAUUAGUUUAUUGCAACGUCAGAUGUUUUGAAAAGGCUCCUAACUGAAAAUGGAGAUACUGAGUACAUUGAGUGGUACUUUAGGUCUGAGGAGAGUGUCAGCAACAUCAGUAUAUUUGAUGCCGGGGUCCGUAUAUAUGUUGUGGAAAUGUAUAGCAUCAAUGCCAGAGAAUUAUUCUGUAAGGCAUACAAAAGUGGAAUUCUUCCUCCAAAGUACUUGUUUUUGACUCCUAACUGGUACGUGGAGGGGUGGUGGGCAGAAGGCCACACCUCCGUGGAUUACAACUGCACGGCAAAUGAGUUGGCAGCUGUGGCUCUCUACAAUGUGGCUCCAGUUCUGGCUGAGUUUCCAGAGAUUUAUGAUGCCGUAGCCGAGCCAAAUAUUACACUUCGUGAGUUCAGGUCUCUCUACUACAAAGCUGUCCAGAGCGACUACAAUAAAAACAAUGGACUGAUGGAGUACAGCGAUUAUAUUUUCCCAUAUGCUUACCAUUGCCAUGAAGCUACUUUAACAUUUGCCUAUGCUCUGAAUAAAACUGUAACAGAUCUCGCUGAUGAUUUUCUGAACGGAGAAGCUGCAGAGGAAAGUGGUCUUCCUGAAGGAGAGAACUUCACAAUGGACAACUUCACCUAUGCCAACUCGGGGAUUGUGACACGGAUGUUUGAGCACCUCCAGAACACCAGUUUUCGU